AUGAGACUGACUUCGUUUCUGAUACACAAUGCAGCGCUUGCCACAGGUUUUGUUCUGAAGCAAUCUACUAAAACCCAUCCCAGUUUUCAGCAAUAUUAUUUCAGACCCUACAGUCACUCGAGUUCUGUAUUACAAGGCUGGGUCCAAGACAACGAUGGCGAAUGGCAAUGGGAAGAAGACGAUCCCAACUACACACCAUCAACGACAGCUACGACGACUGCUUCGCCCGUGGCCGCCGUGGCGACCCCUCAACUCCCUGCCGGAUCAUUUCGCCCCAAGAAAUCGCUGGGACAAAACUACCUCAAGGAUCCCAAUACGGUCGUGAAAAUCAUCAAGGCAUUUCAUCAAGAUGCCACGCAUCAGGGACAACGAAGCACGGUCAAACGCGUCGUCGAAUUGGGACCGGGCGCGGGAGCCUUGACGGAUCGAUUGGUGGAAAUUUACGGAACUGACGUUGUCCAAUGCAUUGAAAUUGACGAACGCUCCAUUGACAUUCUACACAAGAAACAUCCCGACUUGCAAGUCACACAUGCCGAUAUUCUGCAGGUCAAUUAUCCGCAAUUGGCAGAUCUAGAAGGACAGGCACUCGUCGUCAUUGGAAAUUUGCCCUAUUAUAUUACCAGUCAAAUCCUGUUUGCCCUUGCCGAUGCAUCCCAUUCGGGGGCGGUCGAUACGGCCACCGUCACCAUGCAAUGGGAAGUUGGACAGCGCAUGGUGGCACCGACAAGUACCAAAGACUAUGGAAUUUUGAGUGUCGUAUUCCAGCUCUACGCCGAUGUCAAGUGCCAUUUCAAAAUUCCACCCACGGUCUUUUAUCCACAACCCAAGGUAGAUUCCGCAUUGAUUGGAGUCCAUUUCUUGGGACCCAAUCAACUACGACAACGCUUGGCUGGAGUGCAACCGGCACACUUGAGACGAAUUGUUACCACGGCAUUUCAACAACGACGCAAAACGGUACGCAAUAGUUUGAAAAAAUUGGCACAAGAAUUGGAAGUGACAGAAGUAUUGAAUGGACCGCCCCGGCCGCUCCCGAUGAUGGUCCAAAAAGCCAUGGACGAGGGAGAUGAAUUUGCAUUGCAACAACCACUGCCCGAUAAUUGGGCUUCCAAGCGUCCCGAGGAACUAAAGCCGGGACAGUUUGUCGAACUGACAAGGCUCUUUUUUGGACCCACCGAUGAAGCGGUCAUUGCCGAAAAUGCACCGCUCGGACAAAAAGUGUGGCGGAAAAUGAAACAUGGAAAAUUGUAG